AUGGGGAAUCCCGGGAAGUUUCCUGGAGUAAGCAAGGAGUUGCAGAAGAUUCUGGAUGCUGACAUGGAACAGGUGGGCCCCAGGCGUCAGGCUCGUGAGGCUUUCAAGGACAUUCAGCUCUCUAUCGAUCAUGUUUUGUUCAAGAUUCCGGGCGAUGGACUAAAAAUGGAGGAGUCAUACGAGGUGAACUCUAGAGGGUUGGAAAUUUUCUCGAAAAGUUGGCUUCCGGAGAGCAGUUCCCCAAGAGCAGUGGUUUGUUUUUGUCAUGGUUAUGGAGAUACUUGCACAUUUUUUGCAGAAGGAAUUGCUAGGAAGUUAGCAUCUUCAGGGUAUGGAGUUUUUGCCAUGGACUACCCAGGAUUUGGUCUAUCAGAAGGCCUACAUGGUUAUGUUCCAAGUUUCGACAAGCUCGUUGAUGAUGUUAUUGAACAUUACUCAAAAGUUAAAGAAAACCCAGAAUUCCAUGCUUUGCCAAGUUUUCUGUUCGGACAAUCUAUGGGGGGUGCAGUGGCUCUGAAGGUGCACCUGAAACAACCUGAUGCAUGGAAUGGUGCCAUUCUUGUUGCACCUAUGUGCAAGAUUGCAGAGGACAUGGUUCCACCAUGGCUGGUGACCCAAAUUCUAAUUGGAGUGGCAAAAUUACUUCCAAAAUGGAAGCUUGUUCCACAGAAGGAUUUAGCUGAGUUGGCAUUCAGAGAUGUGAAGAAGAGAGAACAGGCUGCCUACAAUGUUAUUGCUUACAAACAUAAACCACGUUUACGAACAGCCUUGGAGAUGCUGAACACCACAGAAGAGAUAGAGCGACAAUUGGAAAAGGUGUCUCUGCCAUUAUUGAUCUUGCAUGGAAAAGCUGAUAAAGUGACCGAUCCAUCUGUGAGCAAGGCAUUAUACGAGAAGGCAAGCAGCCCCGACAAGAAGCUUAACCUUUAUGAUAACGCCUAUCACUCUCUUCUCGAAGGGGAGCCAGAUGAGAUGAUUCUUCAACGCACUUCCUCCGCUGUGAAUUUAGAAGAAGGGAAAGUGUCUGAGGUUAAAUUUUGUGGACAACAUUAUAUUGUUACUGGCUGCCACUGGUGGUUUGUUGAAUCUACAACGGAGGAAGUCAUAGAAGUUUUCAGCAAAAUUAGACAAAAGGAAGUGUAG